AUGCCCCCACGAAAGAAAACUAAGCGCGCACACUCGCCAACACCCCAGGAUGACGCCGCGCGAUCGAGCGCCGACACCCCGUCAAGCGACAGCCCCAGCAAGCCAGACACAGAUUACGACUUAAUCUCGGAUCCAUGGACAGACGAGCAAGAAACCGCGUUGCUGAAGGCAAUCAUCAAAUGGAAGCCAGUUGGCAUACACAAGCACUUCCGAAUGCUUGCGAUCUCAGACUAUCUGAAGAGCCAAGGCUAUGCGCCAUCAACGGCAGAGCAUAUGCGCAUACCGGGCAUCUGGAAGAAGCUGGGCUCCUUGUACAAUUUGGAAGCUCUCGACGAACGGGAAGAUUCAGUGAUCACAGACGCAAACGAUGACGAUGACGGAUCGAGCGAAAGGUACUGUCCGUUUGAACUUCCGUACGAAGAAUACGGCGAUAUGAUGUUUGAAAGACGACUUGCGAUGGAGGAUUCCCUUUCGCCCGUCGCCAGCCGCACUAGUCGCGCAGAUGAAUCACGGCGAGGGAGCACAGUCGCAGACACAGAUGAGCCACGAUCUUCUCCUGUCCCGUCUCGAGGUCGCAAUUCCAAUCGAAGCGCCCGCACAUCUACGAGGGGCACACGCUCUACUCGUCUACAGGUCGAGAUCGGCCCAGGAAGUCAAGGCAAGACAUCAGACGAGGGUGGUGAUUCAGCAGAUGAUACUGGAGCAAACGAUGACGACGAUGAAGAUGGGGACGAUGGCUCUGAGGGCAACAGUGAGGAGGAGGAUGCAGGCGAUGAGGAAGAGAAAGGUGGCUCGCGAAGCACUCGGGCACGAGCCUCCCGGUCCAAGGCGAAGGACAAGAAGCCAUCAUCUGGAACUGCAACGCGCAGCUCUGGCCGACGGCGCUGA